UCGAGGAGUCUGCUGGAUAACGGCCACCCAUGUUUGGAAAUGUUUACUGGGCUGCACCGUCCGUCAAGGAAACCGCUAGAACGUGCUCCAGGGAGUAACUACUCCCCCGGCUGUCCUCAAUAGUUGUGGCACCUUUCAACGGCAACUUAAUUGUGCCUUCGGUAUGGCCCAAGCAAAGAUCCAGGCGAAAAUGAACGAAGCAAAAGGAGGGCUGUUCAGUAGAUCUAUGUCAAUGGCCGAUCGUUCGUCGCGACUUGUAGAGAAUUUGGACCAGCUUGAGAUAAGGGUGGAGACUCUGAGAGAAGCAGCCACUGCAAUGGAACAAGAAAGGGAGUGCUUACUAGAGAUUAUUCAGUCCAUACAGAACAGUCAGGAAAUGCGCAGUAUCUCUGAUGGCGAAAGAGAGGAGCUUACUCUGACAGCCAACCGUCUCAUGGGAAGGACGCUGACGGUCAACAUUUCUGUGGAUACAAUUCGCAACCCUCAGCAAGAGGACGCUCUGCAAAAAGCUAUGGCGCUUAUCGACGAUAUCGCCAAGAAGGUGAUUGAUGAUCUGGACAGCGCGAAGAAGAGGCUGAUGGCGUUGCACGCAGCCUGCGUGACUGAGGCACCUCCCGUGCCCAUCGAUCAGAAGUUCCAGAGCAUAGUGAUUAGUUGCGCUUUGGAGGACCAAAAAAAGAUCAAAAGACGACUGGAAACCCUGAUCAGGAACGUGGACAAUGCCGAAAAAAACAUCAAGAUUAUGGAUCACCAGAAUGUGGAGGAGUCAAAAUUGAAUGGCAAAUAGUUCUGCAAAUAAUCCCCAUAAACACAUGAUUAAAGAUUUGAAAGAUUCUUAAAAAAAAAAAAAAAGUCCGAAUGCCAAUGUAGGCUAUUUAACUGUGCUCAAAUGUAGUUUUAAAUACCAAGUGAGUCCCAUAUAAAGAGGAAACACACCCUCCUAUUAUGGUUACGAAAGAACAAGAACAUUCCAAUUAGACUUUUAAUAGCACGAAAUUGACGCAAUCACAUUUCACUACUCUGUUUACACUCUGUCCUCAAACUGUAACUAAGGACUGUUUCAAUUAGAGGGUGGGUGUAGGAAUGAUAAUGUAUAUGGACUUUUGUCAUGGAGGCACGAAGGGGAGCUGUCAAACCAAGCCUAUGGCCCAUCCUGCCUUGAAAGGUAUUCUAACCGCCAGGCGCCAGCAAGCCUCUGUAUAUAACACUGAUCAAUUAACAAUGCUAUUUAAAAAUAUGUGUUCAAAUAAUAUUUUUAAAAAUAGAUGUUUACACUGUAUUGAGAGAAAUCGUAUUCACCUUAACAAAUAGGCUUACUGCCGUUUGUUUUUAUCUUAAAGGGUUCAGUCCUGUGAAAUUUCUAGUAGUGACACUGAUGCACAAUAAAAUGGAAUCAUUAUUGA